AUGAAUAGAAUUACAGCGUCCUUAGUUAUAGUUUUUAAAAUAACGAUAUUCACAACGAUAAUUAAACCGGUGCUAUCUAAAUGCACAUGUCCAGAAGUACUUUAUCCAGUAUGUGGGUCAGACGGUAUUACCUACAGAAAUGAAAUCUGUAGGAGAUGCCAUAAUAUUACACUUGUACGUACGGAAUUAGGAGUAUGUGAAGAAGAGGAUACUAAUCAGUAUAAUUCUAAAAGUGAGGUUAAUGGUGAAAAUAAAUCAAUAGAUGCAGAAGAUUUAGAGAAGAAGCCACAAGAGAAUAAAACUGAUUCAGAUUUUCCGGAUUUUUUGGACUACUUAGAUGCUAAUGAGUAA